UGGCGAUCAUGGCGGCGAAAGCAAUCAAGGUAGUGGCUAUAAGCGGCUCUCUCCGCAAAGCCUCCUUCAACAGCGGACUCAUCCGAAGCGCUGUGGAACUCUCCAGGGAGUCUAUUGACGGGAUAGAGAUCGAGCACGUGGACAUCUCCGAGCUUCCCUUGCUCAAUACUGAUCUUGAGGUUAACGGAACUUACCCUCCCGUCAUCGAGGCUUUCCGCAGAAAAAUAGUUGAAGCUGAUGCUUUCCUGUUCGCUUCACCGGAGAACAAUUACUCCGUCGCUGCUCCUUUGAAGAACGCAAUUGAUUGGGCAUCAAGGCCCCCAAAUGUCUGGGCAGGCAAGACUGCAGCCGUUGUGAGUUCAGGAGGAGGUUUUGGAGGUGGCAGAUCCCAAUACCAUCUUCGACAGAUUGGGGUUUUCGUGGACCUCCACUUCAUCAACAAGCCUGAAUUAUUUGUUGCGGCGUUUCUGCCUCCUCAGAAGUUUGAUCAAAAUGGAAAUCUCAUUGAUCUGGAAAUCAGAGAGAAGCUUAAGCAAGUUCUGUUAUCCCUUCAGGCAUUUACCCUCAGGCUCCAGAAGUAAUGCCACUCACUUGUCUUUAUUUAUUCAUGAAAUAUGUUGCCUUUUCUGCUUGUAAGUUUCAAUGAAGCAUAAAACUAUGCAGGAUACUAUUAGUGCCAAAUAAGGCUUCAGCUUAUGAGGUUAUUAAGGGAAAGAGUAAUGUGGAAGGAAUUUGAAAUUUAUUUUUCUUAUUGCAUUCCUUCACUUUAUUUUA